UCACAAUCGAAAGCAAUCAACACGCGUGCUAUCGAGCAAUAUCAUACAGGGGCGGGAGAAGAUUAAAGCCAGCAGACGCUUAACAUUACAGAAGCACCCCUCCGUCUCUUUGACUCCUGUCAUUGAAUCUUCUACCCAAUACAAAACCCAGCCCACACACCAACCACCACAAUGUCAACAACACCAAUCCCCAAAAACCGAUCCUCUAGCCCAACAGUCUUCGAACAGCAGCGAGCAGAAUUAGUUAGAGAGAUUGCAGUGGGCAUGGAACAAGUCCUCCAAAACAUCAACCGGCUGAACCGGAACCUGGAGAGUAUUAUUUCCGUGGGAAAUGAAUUCGGCUCCGUGGAAGCCCUUUGGUCACAGUUCGAGAACUUUAUGGGCAUUAGGCCUGGGGAGGAGCAGAAGGGUGGUGGUGGUGGUGCUGGCGGUGCUGGUGGUGGGGGUGGAGGCGGGCAGCAUCAGGAUGAUGAGGAGGGGAGUCAGCUGCAGGAGGAUCAUCGGUGAUCGGUGAGGAUAAAUGGGCCUGCGGCUAGGUUUGAGGUUCUGGUUGUUUAUGUGGGUAUGGAUUAGAUUGGGUGAUUGGUGGCGUAUGGU